CCUGCUUUUUUACCGAGAACUAGCUGGGUUUAUCUUUUUUAACAAGAUAAGAGAUGUGCUAUAUAUGUUCCACGAUCUGUCACCACACCAGUGUGUUCCAGUGAUCUCUGAACAACUUUACAAAAUGAGCGAUGUGAAGAAUCUCUCGUGUUAUGAAGACGACUUUACCUUUCUUAAAACAUGCCUCGACUUCAUCAACAAAGAGAUGGAUUUGGAACUAGUGGCCAAGCACGAUGACAAGACAAUGCUGCAGUACUUUAAACACAUGGACAAUGGCAAUCAGGCAAGAGUAGUGUUUCCUCAUGGGCUUGGUUUGCUGGAGGAAUAUAGAGAGAGGGCAAAGACCGGGGACAGCUUUCUGUACUUUGUAGGAUUCAUUGGCCAGAAGCAAGACACUGUGGACGACAGCGUGGAACAAGAGGUCUGGCAGAUGGAUGCUGUGCUUACAGCCGAGUUAUGCAACCAGGAGGACAUCAUGGCUUACUGCAGUGCAGAGAGAAUCCCGGGGGGUAACUGGGGAGACCUUGUAGUGUGCCGGCACCCCCGAGCAGUACAGAAAUGGAAUCAACUUAAGAUUCACGACAAUGCAAUAAGAGAUAUGUCCCCUGCCUACUACACCUCUGUAAGGAUACACCGGGGAGCGCUACCCCUGGGGCUCGCCUCAGACAGGUUCAGGGUGGAGAGGACGCUGUUCCUCAACUACGACAACAUCACCCGCACAGUACAAAGUCGUCACGUCGAGAUGUGGCAGUCAACGAUCAAAGAUACACCAACAUCGCCGUGCUAUGCAUAAUGUUACGUUUCUACAGUUCCAGGGUGGAGAGGACGCUGUUCACCAACUACGACGUCAGCCGCACAAUACAACGUUCACAGAUACACCGACGUAGCCAUUCCAUGAUGUUACGUUUUUGUAAGUGUUCGUAUUAAAAUCCAUUUAUGUUCUUGUC